UCUAUCUUAAUUAUUCAGCCACCACUAUAUAAUAUUGUUUCCUUUUUCCCUGUACAUUAUAUAUACAUCCGAACUCUCCUACCUCAUUGAUCUCAUACAGUUAGCAAACCAAUUAGGGAAUAAGGUGAAAAAUUUAUUAUAUGGAAGUGAGCAACAAAUACGUUGUGGUAAAGCAUCAUAUUCAAGAUGCACCAGAAGAGUCUGAUUUUGAGAUCAAAAUUAGGGCUUUGAUACUUUCAGUUGAUUCAGGAUCCAAUGAUGUAAUUGUGAAGAAUCUGUAUAUCUCUAUUGAUCCAUAUCAGAUAAACCGCAUGAAGAGCAACGACCCUUCGCAAACUUCUAUAAGCUUUGCUGCUCCCAUAACGCCAGGCGAGGCAAUUGAUGGUCUUGCUAUUGGAAAAGUUCUGGUGGCUUCUGACAACGGUAAAUUUCAGAAAGACGAUUUGGUUAUGGGAGUUUUCACUUGGGCAGAGUACAGUCUCGUUAAGGAAGAGAGCAUAAUAAAAAAGUUGGAGCCAUCUGAAUUUCCACUCACUUAUCAUCUUGGAGUUUUAGGUUUUAAUGGAUUAUCAGCCUACGCGGGAUUUUUCGAAGUAUGCAAACCGCAAAAGGGUGAAAAUGUCUUUGUGUCAGCAGCAUGUGGAGCUGUGGGCAAUUUAGUUGGUCAAUAUGCCAAACUAUUCGGUUGCAAUGUUGUUGGCUGUGCUGGGAGCCAAGACAAGGUGACAUUACUCAAAGAUAAGCUUGGAUUUGACGAUGCAUUUAACUACAAAGAAGAAAAAGAUCUAACCUCUAUCCUGGCAAGGUACUUUCCUAAUGGAAUUGACGUAUAUUUCGACAAUGUUGGGGGAGAAAUGCUAGAGGCAGCAAUUGCGAAUAUGAAUACAUUUGGUAGAGUAUCUAUUUGUGGAGUAAUCUCACAAUAUACUGAUGCAGAAAAGAGAUCAUCACCAAACAUGUUGAAUGUUGUGUAUAACAGAAUCAACAUUAGAGGAUUUUUGGCUGCAGAUUUUAUGAAUGUUUUUCCAGACUUCAUUGCGAAAACAUCAGCCUAUCUUCAAACUGGAAAGUUGCAUGUGAUUGAAGACGUGUCAUCUGGUGUUGAGAGCAUCCCUUCUGCUUUUGUAGGAAUCUUCAAUGGAAAUAAUGUUGGAAAGAAAAUUGUUAAGGUAGCUGAAGAAUAAUAAGCAAAUAAGUUACAGAUGAUAUUUAAUAAAAUUUGGUGUAACUAAUUUAACCUUUAUGAAGGUAAAUAGUGUGUAAUGAUGAGCAAAGUUAAUAAAAUUAAUAUUCCUUAUUGUCCA